AUGCUGCAAUGCCGAGCUGCUGCCCUCAGCAGCAGCAAUAGCAGCAGCAGCAAUAGCAGCAGCAGCAAUAGCAGCAGCGAUAUUUGCAGUGACUUAUUGUAUGCAGCUGUAGCUGCUGCAACAGCCCUAGCAGCGGUGGGCACCAGCAGCGUGAACAGCAGCAGCAGCGAGAACAACAGCAGCAGCGAGAACAGCAGCAGCAGCAGCAGCAGCAGCAGCGACAUCAGCAAAGACUUCUGCAUUGGCAGUGUGGAGUCUGCAGCAGUAUUUGCGGAGCCCUUUUCACUCUCUUUGAAUUCAUUUAAAAUUAAGAGAGGAGGGCGGCAUCUGCUGCUCACGUACACCUGCCCGUACACCCCGGAGCAGCAGCAGCAGCAGCAGCAACAGCAGCAGCAAGUGCAGCAGCAGGCACAAGGUCAUGUGUCCGGCCAGCUCAAGCUGUCUCUUCCGAAGCAGAAGCACAUCGAAACAGCAGCAGCAGCAGCAGCAGGUCCCAGUGCGCAUGUGGUGUCUAUUGACGUUCUUUCUUCGGCUGUACGUCGAGGUGAUUUAAUAUUAUUUCAAAACCCUAGCGACCCAAAACUCCCUCUAAAGCCCCUUCUUCUUCUUUCUCACAAACAAACUCCCAACACAAACUCUAACACAAAAUAUAUAAACACUCGGCCCGACCCCGAGGGGCCCCCAGACACCAGAGGGGCCCCCGAGGGGCCCCCAGAGGGAAUAGGGGCCCCCGAGGGGCCCCCGAAGAAUAUGGGGGCCCCCGAGGGGCCCCCAAAGUCAAUGGGGGCCCCUGAGGGGCCCCUAAAGGCUAUGGGGGCCCCCGAAGGGCCCCUAAAGGCUAUUAUGGGGGCCCCUGAGGGACCCUCAGAGACGCCGGGGGGCCCCCUGGGGGCCCCCUUGGGGGCCCCCCAGGGGGCCCCCAGCGUGUCAAUAUCUGCAACCAUUAAACCCUAG